AUGUCAUCCGCUGCAUCAUAUUUACCUUUGCUACAACGAUAUUUGACACGUUAUGGCAUGACAACUUAUAAUGUUCUUGGUAAUAUUGGCCUAGUGUUCAAUAUGAUGCUCUUUCUUUGGCCAGUAUUUCGUCGAAAUCCCUGUUCAAUUUAUAUCUUUGCCGCAUCGCUAACUGGUCUAAUUGGUUUGAAUAUCUCAACAAUACCUGUCAUUCAUGCAUUAGAUCAUCCUAAUCCAUCAACAGUAUCGGUUCGAUUUUGCGAAUUACAGUUUUAUUUUCGUCAUUCGUUCAAUCAGAUGAUGCGUACAUACUUCAUUUGCGCAUGUAUUGAUCGUUAUGCGAUAUCAAGUGGUAAUAAACGUAUUCGAUCUUUCAGUCGAUUUCGAAUAGCUGUAUAUAUUAUCAUUAGUGUUCCAAUCUUUUGGUUUUUAUUAGCUUUAUGGCCGAAUACAUUAAAUACACUUGAGAAUGGUCGGUGUGGCGGGAAAAAAGGUCUAUCUGCCAUCAUUUUAUCCAUAUACAUGACUCUUGUGGUUGGUAUCAUUCCCUUGUUAGGCAUGAUUAUUUUUGGACUAUUAAUGUUAAAAAAUUUGAGAAAUGUUCGUUCACGUGUUCAACCAAAUUCAACUGUCGGUGUAUCUGCACCACGCAUUCAUAAACGUGAUCGAGAUAUGACUAAAAUGUUAUUGAUUGAAAUCGUGGGGUAUAUUAUAACAAUAUCACCAUUUGCAAUUAAUCUAUUAUAUCAGUCUGCUACUCAAACAAUCACGAAAAGUGUAGAUCAACAGUUGAUUGAAUCUUUUAGUACUUAUUUCAAUGGAACGUUUUUAAUUUACAUGAAUAAUAGCUUCUCGUUUUGGAUCUAUAUCUGCGUAUCUCGAACAUUUCGAUCAGAAGUGAAAAACUUAUGUCUGAAAUGCUGUAAAAUGAUUUCAAAUCAGUCUACACAAUGGAAUACAAGUGUCACAUAA